CAAUAUGCGGUGUGUAUAAACAGCGGCCUCGCACUUAUUCGAUACAGUUACACACCCACUACACAACAUCGUGUACAACGCUGUGAUAUAUACUACCAUCGUUAACCGCCGUUAACUUUCGUCUCGCAUAGAUUCACAUUCGUCAAUACAACUGUCACAGGUCUGUUUCUGUAGGUCUGAACGAUGCCGAUAUUCCAGACAUGCGCAGUGCUUCUAGACGGCAAGAAGGAAGUGUACCGGAAGGGGGAGACAGUGACGGGAUCGUUAGUGUUGGACGUCACAGAGGAUGUCACAGUGAAGGGGGUCCGAGUUUACCUGUAUGGGGAGACGCUGGUCAAGUGGGACGAGUUCUCACCUGGGAGUCUUGGAGGAACCAAGGAUUACAUCGCCAAAGAAAAAUAUUUUGGACUUGUUUAUACAGUAUUUGGCAAGAAACAAAACGCCACUGGACCAAACCACACCCUGACAGCGGGACGACACAAUUACAGGUACAAGUUCACCAUCCCAAAGGAAGGUCUUCCGUCCUCCUUCGAGGGCGAGUAUGGCGCCAUCAGAUUCUGGGUCAAGGUUGAGGUGGACAGGCCUUUCCCCAACUUCAACCAGUGUUGGUACCGCGGCAUCACGUUACUGGACGACAUCAACGUGAACGACUCUCAGUACAAGGCAUCAGUACGACGUCAGGCAAAGAAACAAGUUUCUAAGGCUCUUGGUUUAGGAGAUGCUGGUUCUCUGACCUUGACUGCUGCCACUGACAGGGGAGCUUACUGCGCAGGAGAAAAGGUCGCACUGAAAGUUGUGGUGAAGAACGAGUCAACGAAGGACAUGGGGAAACUGAAGGCUCAGUUGGAGCAGAAAGUUGUCUUCACAGCCAAUAAUGAGACGAAGACACGGCAGAACGUUAUCAGGAUCCUGGAGGGAACACCAGUCAUGAAGGGAGAGGAGCGGGUGUGGAACAACCAACUGAUGGAAGUAGACGCCAUUCCACCGUCGACGAAGACCAGGUCCUGCCACAUCAUUGCCGUCAGCUACUACAUCAAGGUACUGGUUGAGGUGCCUUUGGGAUUUAACCUUGAGACCAUCCUUCCCAUCACUAUCGGCACCAUACCGUACGGCCACACCCCUGCUACUGGUGGAGCUACUGCAGGCGCUAGCACAGAGAUUGAUGCCUCCAGUGCCAUAACCUACACCAAAUGCAACCGGGGAUUCCAAGUCUGCCGGAAAUCGGAUGGGAAUUUUGUGAAUUAUAAAUACAUCCCUAUGUGUGCCUAUGUUGUGGACUACACCUUUCCCCCUCCUACACGUCCUGCUGCUGCUGCUUCAAGACCAACUCCUGCUGCUGCUUCAAGAUCAACUCCUGCUGCUGCUGCUUCAAGAUCAACUCCUGCUACCGCUGCCGCUACCGCAGGUCCACGUCCUGCUGCUGUCGCCACAAAAGCCCAACCCAAGCCGGUUUCUCAAAGCGGGAAGGUUCCUCCAGCAACGUUUGUCCAAGCUCCAUCUCUUGCCCCUGCCCCUCUCCAAGCCCCUCCCCAAGUCCCGCCACAAGCCCCAUUGCCAGCUUCUGCUCCUCCAAUGGAGCUGCCCCCAUCCUACGAAGAUGUGCUGAGGAUGGACAACCCAGCUGCUACUACAGAAACAGCUGUCACUCCCGAGAUGGCAGAUAAGCCGUAUGGGGUUCUUUUCCUUCGGUUCCCAGACACCAGUGUUCAGGAGUUCAGAGACACCAUUGGGAGAGAACACCAGAGUCUUGCAGAGUGUGAGGGAGAUAUCAUUGCAUUUGCGCCACAGGUCCUUCACCAACCUAACGAAUGGCCAGCACGAACAUCUGUCGCCAUUUUGAAGUUCCCGUCUGUGGAGGUGGGAGCUGAUUGGUUCAACAAGACACCAGGGGUCUCUGAUCCUCAAUGGCUGGGAACCUGUGACGCCAUUGCUUUAACAAUGAAGGAACAGUUCCGAGAAGCUAACCACGUCUUUUCAAUGACAACAAUCAAAUACAAACUACCAAUGCAAAAAACCAAAGUCAACAAAUACAGCAAACUGGCUCUUAAAACGCUGCGCCCUUUCAGGCUGUUACAGACGGGGGUGAUUUUAGUUUCUUCUCCAAAGUUCACCACAUUACGAGGCAGCUGGGUGGAAGACAAAAAUUACCUCACUGUGUCUCAGUGGGAGACUAUGGAUCUUUACUUCGAGUACAGAAACAAAAGAAAAACGGCUCCCUAUAAAGAGUCCUAUGAUUUGCUCAGGGAAAUAGCUGACGUACGACCAGCUGUUAUUUUCCAAUCGGAGGAUUUGUCUCUCUUUCAAAUGACAUCAAUACAAACGACUGAGAGAUCUGACAGCCCCGCCGUUGAAUUCCAGUCACAGAAUACUCAAGCUCAAGCUAAAAGCAAUGCUUCAGGGGAUGUGAGCAAGGCUUCAGAAGCUGUGGCUUCAGGAGAACGACAGGCAGAGUCUACAAGAUCUGAGAGCCCAGCGGUCGAGGUGCAAUCGGAGGAUAUCGAUAAUGCUGAAACCCAAACCCAAUGCGAGGCUUUACGUAAUGGGUAUGAGGCUGACGGGGAAGAUCAGGAAGAAACUGUGGACAUAAAAACCCCAAUAGCUGACUUACAGUAAAAUCUUUAAAGUGUUCCAAACAUUUUAAUGUGCAGUUACAUACGACAUUUGUGGGAAGGGUCAUGAAGUCCUCAUGUGUUACCAGAGGUGAAUAUGUUGCUGAACCUGAUGUUCCGUGAGGACUGAGGCAUCCAAUGCAUGUAUAGUAAUGGUCGAUUGAUUAGUCGUUCAUCCUGUUGAGCAGAAAGCUCUUGUGAGAUCCAGGAACUAGAGGCUGGUUUCUGACAUGAUGUAAAAUAUGUGUCUAAGGAGUGAGUGUGUGACACUGCAACCAGUGUGCUACUUUAAAUAAUGGGGCUGUUACCUGUAAGUCACGUGACUCUCACCUGUAAUUAGUCUGACUGUGACCCCCCCUGUAAUUAGCGUGACUUACCUGUAAAUAAUGACUGUCACCUGUAAUUAGUCUGACUGUGACCCCUGUAAUUAGCGUGACUGUUACCUGUAAAUCAUGUGACACUCACCUGUAAUUAGUCUGACUGUGACCCCUGUAAUUAGCGUGACUGUUACCUAAAAUAAUGUGACUGUCACCUGUAAUUAGUCUGACUGUGAUCCCUGUAAUUAGCGUGACUGUUACCUGUAAAUAAUGUGACUGUCAUCUGUAAUUAGAGUGACUGUGACCCCUACAAUUAGCUUGACUGUAAAUAAUGAGACUGUCACCCGUUAUUUGUCUGACCGUGACCCCUAUUAUUAGUGUGACUGUGACCAAUUAUUAGCGUCACUGUUACCUGUAAAUAAUGUGACAGUUACCUGUAAUUUCUGUAACUCUAAUACAUGUGCCUGUGACGUGUAAUUCGUGUGACUGUGAUCAUAGAUUUGACUGCCAGUGUGCGAAAUAGUUUCCAAAUCGUGCUUACCAGUCGGGCUAGCUAUGCCUGAAGGUUACUAUCCCACGAAAUAUUUCACUAGUCCAAAAUUUGAAUGUAGAAACUAAGCAAAAGAUUCAAAAAGUCAAAAUACCAUCAUGUAUCAGGCCAUAAUAUUGCAUGACUUAAAAGUGUAUUAUAACAACAAGUCGGAGAGAGUGAUAUUUACUAAAUGACCCCAUGAAAAUUCACUAUCCAUUCGGCCGGUGACAGUGAAGAUUUGCUGGCCCGACUGGAUUUUUACUACCCACAGGCUAGCGGUCCAGUGGCUAUUUCACACACUGAUUAUUGAGCAUAUCAGUGAUUGAAUUAUCAUAUAACAUGUAGCAACAUGACCUAACAAACAUCUAUUAUGUAUUAGGAAUAUGGGUCAAGUGGCUCCAAAUACUAAUAAACUUGUCACUUGUCACAUUAUUUCAGAAACGAAUACAUCUAACUGUGUUAAUUGAUUCCGGAUUUUAUGUAUCUUUUAAAUAUGACUGAUGAUCUAUGAUACAGAAAUUCAUUGAUCAUCCUCUGAUUAUCCCUCUUCGUAAUAAAACUAUACAGACCCACAAA